UCAAGUUCCUUUUUGUUUGAGCUCUUUUAGUCAACGAAGCAACACAAACACGGCGGAUUUGGACUAUUUACAACAUUUAAACGAGCUUUAUUCUGUGUUUUUCCUUCCGGAACUGAAACAAACAAGCAGGAAUUAUAAAACACGCAGAUCAAAGUGCAGCCGCUGCAGGGUUAUUGUGUGUGUGUGUGUCGGUGAAUAAAGGAGCCAGUCAUGCCUCUACUGAGGGGGAAGAAACCCGCAGUGACUGCCGGGAGCAAGAUGCCCAAACUCAGUGAGAACCAGCUUCCUGGUUGUGUGUUGCAGGAGGAAGGCCCCCAGGUGAAGCGGUCCUCCUCUCCUCCACACGGAGCCCCGAAGAAGAGGACCGCCUUCAUCGACAUCACUAAUGCUCAUAAGGUUCAGAUCAGCCUCCCGGGGAGGAAGAAGAAGGAGGCGGCGAAGAAGCAGGUGAAGAAAACGAGCGCUCCCUCUGUGUCCACCAAGAACCACGACAACCUGAAAAAGUCUUCGUCAGAGAGCUCUGAGGGGACGCCCGCUGAGGAAGAGGAGAAGGAAGAGGAGGCAGCAGCAGCUCCAGUAGAAGAGCUGGUGGCUGCUGCGCCCCUUGCUGUCUGUGAAGUGCCGGCACACCAUCAGAAACAACAAAUCCCAGCGGAGUUCGACGUCGACUCGGAGAACGCUGAGGACUGUUACAUGUGUCCAGAGUACGCAAAGGACAUCUUUGACUACCUCAAACAGAGAGAGGAGAAGUUUGUCCUCUGUAACUACAUGCCCCAGCAGCCCAGCCUCAACCCAGAGAUGAGGGCCAUCCUGAUCGACUGGCUGGUGGAGGUGCAGGAGAACUUUGAGCUGUACCAUGAGACCCUGUACCUGGCCGUGAAGAUGACCGACCACUACCUCGCCAAGACGCCCGUCCACAGGGAGCUGCUGCAGCUCCUCGGCUCCACCACCAUGCUCAUCGCCUCCAAGUUUGAGGAGCGCAGUCCGCCGUGUGUCGACGACUUCCUGUACAUUUGCGACGACGCGUACAAGAGGGAGGAGAUCAUCUCCAUGGAGGCCAACAUCCUGCAGACGCUGUCCUUCGACAUCAACAUCCCCAUCCCCUACCGCUUCCUCCGACGCUAUGCCAAGUGUGUGAGUGCCGGGAUGGACACGCUGACUCUGGCUCGGUUCUUCUGUGAGAUGAGCCUCAUGGAGGUGGAGCUGGUGUCGGUGAGAGGCUCGCUGCUGGCGUCCGCCUGCCUGCUGCUGGCGCUGGUCACCAGAGACCUGGGGGGAUGGAGUCCCAUCCUGGAGUACCACUCCGGCUACCAGGCGGCAGACGUGGCGCCCGUCGUCAGAAAUCUCCACGAGAUGCUUUCAGCUCCUCCGGACGACAAACUGAAAGCCAUCAGGAACAAAUACUCUCACAAGGUGUUUUUCGAGGUGGCGUCUCUGCCGUUGGUCAGCGGGGACAUGUUGGAGGAAGUUUUAUCUCAGUGAGACGGCGCCUCCCCAAAAAAAAGACAACUUUGCCCGUCUAAAUCGAGAGGAAAUAUUUAAAAACUCUCCCUCAAACCUGUAUAUACUUUGUUAAUAUGUUUAAUAUUUAUACACGGCGUCUUUCCUGUCUUUUAUAUAACGGUGGAAAUAAAUGUUUAAUUCCAGUUCUGUGAUGAAGAGUUCUUCUGUGGGCUUUUGUUAUGCCAGUUUACUGUGUUCAAGUUGUUUUUAAUGGUGUUACAUUUGACCACAGUUAUUUUUUGGCAUUGAUUUUUAUAAGAGGAUACAAAGGGAAAAAGAUCUUACUUCAUGUGUAACUUGUAAGCCCGUCUGUGUGUAACUGACACAAGUUUUAAGGUUCAGUAAACGUUUUACUGAUGAAUUAUGCACCAGCCCCAACAUCUGUACAUGUCGUCACACAUCGAGGUCAGCAGCUCUGCUCGUGUGUGUGUGUGUGUGUGUGUGUCCAUACGUUGUACAGUGUUUAUCAUGUUAAUAUCACCACGCUGAUUAUUUGUAUAAAAGACCACCGGAUGAUGCUGUGCUAUUUUUAAAUGGCUGUCAUGCGCGCUCUUAAAAUAAAGUUUCUUUUUUUUUGUCAUGUGUUUUGAUAAAAUGGUUGUUCAUCAUUUGGGUUACAUGAUUGAUUUUAAUUGUUUAUGAAUGAAUCAGUUUGUCUUGAUGUGUAUUUAUUUAAUUGGAGCAUCUUUUAAACCUGUUUG